CUGCCUACUUCGCCUUCCGCACGCACGCCCCAAUGCGCCCCCUCACAUGGAGUUUUCCCAAGCACGACCUCGGACCGCCUCCGCCUCCGCGUCGCCAACCCCGUUCCCUUCCCGUGUAGCCUAGCCGCCCUCACCACCACCACCGCGCCGCCGCAACCACAACGCCAGAGCACGUAGAGCGUUCGACGUCCGACCGACCGACCGACCGAUCGAGUGCGACCGAGCAUGAGGCAUCCCGGCGGCGCGGGCGGGGACGCCGGGUUCGUCCGGGCGGACCAGAUCGACCUCAAGAGCCUCGACGAGCAGCUGGAGCGCCACCUCGGCCGCCCGGCUGAGCGGGCCGCGUCUCAGCACGGCGGCGGCGGGAGCCGGCGCGGCGAGUCCACCAGGCUCGGGGAGGAGCCUCCCCAGGCGCUGCACCACCAGCGGCGCCGGGAGGACUGGGAGGUUGACCCCUCCAAGCUCGUCAUCAAAGGCGUCAUCGCCCGCGGCACCUUCGGCACCGUCCACCGCGGCGUCUACGACGGCCAGGACGUCGCUGUUAAAUUACUUGAUUGGGGGGAGGAUGGCCAUCGAUCAGAACAAGAAAUUUCUUCACUAAGAGCAGCAUUUGCGCAAGAAGUUGUUGUCUGGCAUAAGCUUGAUCAUCCAAAUGUUACCAAGUUUAUUGGGGCUAUUAUGGGUGCACGAGAUCUAAACAUACAGACAGAACAUGGACAUUUUGGCAUGCCAAGUAAUAUUUGCUGCGUUGUUGUUGAGUACCUUGCCGGAGGUGCACUGAAAAAUUUUCUGAUCAAGAACAGGAGAAGGAAGCUAGCCUAUAAAGUUGUGGUACAAUUGGCUCUUGAUCUUGCCAGGGGAUUAAGCUAUCUUCACUCAAAGAAGAUAGUGCAUCGUGAUGUAAAGACUGAAAAUAUGCUUCUUGACAAAACAAGAACCGUGAAAAUCGCUGAUUUUGGUGUUGCUCGAGUUGAGGCUUCAAAUCCUAGUGAUAUGACGGGUGAAACAGGCACACUUGGUUAUAUGGCACCUGAGGUUCUCAAUGGCCAUCCUUACAACAGAAAGUGUGAUGUAUAUAGCUUUGGAAUCUGCCUAUGGGAGAUAUACUGCUGCGAUAUGCCAUAUCCUGAUCUGAGCUUCUCAGAGGUCACUUCAGCUGUUGUUCGCCAGAACCUGAGGCCUGAGAUACCGCGCUGCUGCCCGAGCUCCCUGGCUAACGUGAUGAAGCGCUGCUGGGACGCGAACCCGGACAAGCGGCCUGAGAUGGCGGAGGUGGUGUCCAUGCUGGAGGCGAUCGACACGUCCAAGGGCGGUGGCAUGAUCCCGAUAGAUCAGCCACAGGGAUGCUUCUCGUGCUUCCGGCGGUACCGAGGCCCCUGACACCCUCAUCUCAUCUCAUGGCGUCACCCACCAGAGGACCGAUAUGAUAUCGCUAUAACUCAGUGUAAUCUAAUCGCGUCUGCUAUUAUGGCUAAUUGGGGAGUUUGUCUGAUGUAAAUGCCCGACGGUCCAGCACCUCAGCUUGAGCGUUCUAUGAUUGGUGCGAAUCCUAAUGCAUGGUCUACCAUAUGAUCAAGAUUAUUGUGACAGAACUGGGCUGCUCACCAGGUUUUACAAUCUCAUCAUGGUCAUGAAGUUGACUCACUGUAUACUAUUGCAGUGUAACCAAUAUCUUUGCAGAAUGUUAAUAAAGAUCCGGAUCUGGGUGUAUAAUUCCGAGUACUUU